AUGGCAAAUGUUCGAUUUGAUACAAAACAGGAAGAGGAUAUUGAGUAUUAUACGGACUCUGAAAGUUUGAGAGUUUCUCUAUUGGCUCAUCAUCCGGAUGAAUCACUUGGAUAUGGAGACAAAACAACUGGAAGCAAUUUGUACAAUGUGUUAAAGAAGUUUCUUGCCAAUAAGAAAGCGGCAAUAUGCGGAGCUCUAGUGUUCAUAGCUGUAAAACGGUAUCCCGAUGAGUCUGAUGUAUCCAAUAUCAUUUCCCAACUACGAGCAAAUCAUGUGAUGGUACACAUUGCUGUGGACAGUGUUCCAUCGGGUGGUUCCAAUUCUGCCCCCCCCCAUUAUACGAGAUAUCAUCUCUAA